AUGAAAUGGAUUCAUAUUGGAGCAAUCCAAUUGGUAAUCAAGUCUGGACUCAAACGAGGGACGGAUACACCAAUUGAUGUUGCACUUUGUGACAAGAGGGUCAUAAAUACGAAAGAUUCAGUACUGGGAACCUUCUCAGGCAAUCUCUACGCCAAGAAGAUUAUAACUGAAUUAUAUCCACAGAUCGCUUAUAAUCUUCAAGAUUCAUCCUUCAGUCGAGCCCUGACACUCAACCAGGACUACAAGAGGAAGGAUCUAUUGACGGAAGGAAAUAGGCCAUACUCGAUUACAUAUCAAGUAUCGUAUGCCCUAUCAAAUUCCCACCACACGGAUUUAUUUCUGGGGAAGAAUUUUAUUGAGGUCCCUGAAAUAUUCAAAGAAGUAGCCAAGGCAGUGAGCCUUGACCGAGUCGAAAUUUCCAUAAUAAGGGAAAUCGACAUCCAAGUUGGAGCACCAAGGCUAUCGUUCCAAGGAGAUAGGCUGACCUCAAGGCCAUUAGAAACAAGCUUAUCUCAUUCCUACGAAAGAAGGGCGAUCCAGGAAACAUCAGCUCUAGGCAUAAGAGUGAAACUCAAAUGCCCCGAAGGAUGGAUAAAUGUUUCCACAGAAAUUGAUACAACUGAAAGGAAAAAUCAAUUUCCUUGCAAUACGUUGUAUUAUUUGGAUAAUCCAGAAAGCAAUCGAUAUAUCGGAAUUCUAGAAAUUGGAGGCUUUGAGAUCAAGAUCGAAGGCAAAGCCGGACAAGAAGCUGACGUCCUAAUCUUAGGAUGA